AUGGAGGUGUCAAGCUUGUGUCUUGUUGCCUUAGCCACAGUGAUAAUCUUUGCUUGGUCUCUUAAGAAGCUUACGGCUUGGUCCGGCGGCAAAAGCAAAUCCAAGAGGCCGCGGCUGCCCCCGGGGCCAUGGACGCUUCCGAUCAUCGGCAGCCUCCACCACCUCUUGGGCGGUCUCCCGCACCGUAGGAUGAUGGAGCUGUCUCGCCUGCACGGGCCUCUCAUGUUCCUCAGGUUCGGAGAGGUCCCGAAUGUGGUGGUCUCCAGCGCCGAGGCGGCGGAGCUGGUGAUGAAGACGCAUGACCUCACGUUCGCUACUCGGCCACGGAGCGCGACGAUCGACGUUAUCAGCGGUGGCGGCAAGGGAAUCGCGUUAGCCCCCUAUGGCGACCACUGGCGCCAGAUGCGGAAGAUAUGCAUCGUAGAGCUUCUGAGUGCCAAGCAGGUGAAGCGCAUGGAGUCCAUCAGGUCACAGGGGGUGGCGAAGCUCCUCCGGUCCGUUGCUGACGCCGCCUCCAGUUCCGGCAUCGUCAACCUCAGCAACCUGGUGGCGGUGCUCUCCAACGACAUCACGGCGCGAGCGGUGUUCGGCGGCAUGUGCGCGCAGCAGAGCGAGUACUUCCGCGAACUGGGCCAGAUCGUUAAACUCAUCGGAGGUUUCUGCCCGGCCGACCUUUUCCCGUCGUCGCGGCUAGUGCGGUGGGUGAGCUCAGGGGAGCGCAGCCUGAGGAAGAGCUAUGGCGGCAUGCAGCGCAUCAUCGACAACAUCAUCGAUGGACGCAAGGCUGAGCGUGAGUCCCACUCCCACGUCGGCUGCAGCGCCGACGAUGAAGACCUGCUGGGUGUGCUGCUCCGGCUCAAGGAGGACUCGUUGGCGUUCCCUCUAACCUCAGAGAGUAUAGGGGCCGUCAUCUCUGACAUAUUUGGAGCUGGUAGUGAAACUUCAUCGACCACUUUGGUGUGGGCUAUGUCGGAGCUCAUGAAAAACCCUGAAGCGAUGGCCAAGGCUCAAAUAGAAGUUCGGAAAGUGCUAGGUCGAGGACGUGUUGUCAUCGCAAAUGCUGAUCUUGGUGAACUCCAUUACUUACAGAUGGUCAUCAAGGAAGUGCUUAGGUUACAUCCUCCUGCUACUCUACUUGUCCCUCGAGAGGCUAGAGACAACUGUGAAAUCAUGGGUUAUGACAUUCCUAAGGGCACCAAAAUACAUGUUAAUGCCUUCGCAAUUUCUAGGGAUCCUAGAUAUUUUGAAAAUCCUGAAACCUUCAAACCAGAGAGAUUUAGUAACAACAAUAUAGAUUAUAAGGGAACAAACUUUGAGUUCACUCCCUUCGGUGCUGGGCGACGCCUGUGCCCUGGGAUGUUGUUUGGCACAUCAACCUUGGAGAUUGCAUUAGCGAAUCUUCUCUACUACUUUGACUGGGUGCUUCCUGAUGGGGCAUGCCCAUACACAUUAGACAUGUCCGAGAAGUUUGGGAUAACUGUAAGUAGAAGGUAUGACUUGCAGCUCAUAGCUAUUCCAAGUACAUAGUCUCAAGACCUAUGUAAAUAUGGACGUGGAAAUGCACAUGGGUACAUCUA